AUGGAGCAGGAAAUGGAGAAGAGAAAGAGAGGUAAAAAUGAAGAAAAAGAAGAAGAGAAAUGGGUGCAUGAUGAAUCUGUUGAUUAUAAGGGAAGAGUUCCUCUACGUGCUGCCACUGGUGUAUGGAAAGCUUCGUUUUUUGUCCUUGACCUCAAAACAGCAACCAACAAUGUAAACUACUGGAAAGGAGCAACAACCCUGUUGCCUCUAAUUGGGGGAUUUGUUGGUGAUGCCUACAGCGGUCGAUUUCGUAUGGUCCUUCUUUCUUCCUUCAUAUACCUCAAGAUAUGUGAUCAACCAAGUAAGGUUCAUAAAGUGGUUUUCUACCUUUCCCUAUACAGUAUCGCCUUGGGUACUGGAGGAUUCAAACCGUGCUUACAAAGUUUUGGAGCUGAUCAAUUUGAUGAUGAUCACCUAGAAGAACGAAAGAAGAAGAUGUCUUUCUUCAACUGGUGGACCUUUACACUCAGCUUUGCAUUGCUGCUUGGGACAACGGUGGUUGUUUAUGUUCAGGACUUUGUCAGCUGGGGAGUUGCUUGUCUCACCCUCACUAUUUUUAUGGCUCUCACUGUCAUUGCUUUUUAUUUGGGGAUGCCUUUCUACAGGUACAACACGAGACCAAAAGGAAACCCUUUCAUGCCAAUUCUACAAGUCCUAAUUGCAGCCAUAAGGAAGAGGAAUCUCUCUUGUCCUUCAAAUCCCGCUUUAUUGUAUGAAGUCACAAAGUCACAGAAUUCCCAAGGAAGGCUUCUAAGCCAUACCAGCAGGCUCAGGUUUCUUGAUAAGGCUGCAAUAGUUGAAGAACAGGAUAUUGAGCAGAAAGCAAGUCCAUGGAGACUAGCAACAGUGACAAGAGUGGAGGAGACAAAGCUUAUUCUGAAUGUUGUUCCCAUAUGGCUAACUUCAUUACUAGUUGGAGUAUGUAUAGCACAUGGCUCAACACUCUAUGUCAAACAAGCAGCCGCUAUGAACUUAAACAUAAAUAGCUUCAAAGUCCCACCAGCAUCCAUGGCGUCCCUUUCAGCCUUUGGCACAAUAGUAUUUGUCCCAAUAUAUGAUAGAAUUUUUGUUCCAAUUCUAAGGAAAGUCACUGGCAACGAAAGAGGCAUCAGCCUUCUUAGGAGAAUUGGCAUUGGCUUGACAUUCUCAGUAAUUCUCAUGGUUGUUGCUGCCUUAGUGGAAACAAAGAGAUUAAGAAUGGCUACACAUCAAGACCUGACAAUGAGGGAGACUAAGUAUGAGAAUAUGAGUGUGAUGUGGUUGAUACCCCAAUACUUGAUGAUGGGUAUUGGAAAUUCAUUUUCUCUAGUUGGUUUGCAAGAGUAUUUCUAUGACCAAGUUCCUGACUCAAUGAGAAGCUUAGGUAUGGCUUUGUAUCUUAGUGUGCUUGGAGGAGGAUUCUUCUUGAGCAGCUUUCUAAUAAUCAUUGUGGACUAUGUCACGGGGAAGAACGGCAAAAGUUGGAUUGCAAAAGACAUAAAUUCAAGCCGUCUAGAUAAGUUCUAUUGGUUGUUGGCUGUAUUCAAUGCUUUAAAUUUGUUUCUCUUUGUAAUAGUAGCAAAGAGGUACACUUAUAAGGCUAUACACAGGAAAGCUACGGAAAAUGAUGGUUCUAACAGUGAUGGGGUGGAGACGCUGCCAUGA